AUGGAUUAUUACUCAUCCUCAUUCAAAAAGGCAGCUGACACAUAUGCAAAGAGACCUGGAAUAACAGUUGAUAAUGGCGAAAUUGAAAAUAAGCCUCACAAUUGCACAACUCCAGAGCCUGACAUAGACCUCUGCUUCAACUGAGAUGACUCCAUCUCAAGAAUGCUUGACAGAUAUAAUCAGAUUUAUACCUCAAUCACAGAAACAUCAGGCUUAGCUGAACAAGAGUCUCAGCAGGUUGAUUCAAUAGAGCAACCUAGGCCAAUGCCACCGAUAAGAAAUAGACAGAGGAGAGCCAGAAGGCGCAUCAGACCCCAGAUGCCUCCAGUCUAUAGUUGACGAUGCGCCAUUGGAACUUGAAUUCGGGUUCUUAGGGAAAUGAUUAAUGGAAGGUACUAAAAUACAAUCAGUGAC